GGAGGGACCCCUGCUCUCUCCAAGAAGGGAUCGGAACGGGUCCCUGCUGCCCCGUCGUCGUCAGGCUCGAAGCAAGCAGCAAGUUCUGCAGGAGUAGCCCCGAGCAGGUCGAGAAUGGUGGCAACGAAGAGAGGAGUUGGGUUCUCAAGGGAAGCAUGGCCGGAGGAGGAAAGCAACGUGGACGGGAAUGGACGCGAUGUAGUCUCUGAGUGCAACUCGAUCCUCUCCGACGUUCGGAGUGUGUAUGAUCAGCUCGAGAGCUCCCUCGCCGCGCUGGAGGAGCGAGUGAGGGUCACAAACGGAGGCUUGCAAGGCUUUUCAGAGUUCUCCGGCAUGAACGGAAUCGAUGACCAUGAAUCUCAUAUGGGUGGCAGUGAGUUUCGCAGGAUGUACAGUCAACUCAACGAGUAUCCCUGGUUCAAUCCUUAUGUCGCGCAAUUCAGGAGAGGGCGUUCGGCUGACCUCCAAUCAUUCCAUGAGCGUUAGAAUGCUUGGGAACUUUCCAGGUCUUACAUGUUUGGCAAUAAAUUUUAGCACCGUG